AGGCGCGCUGGUUGCCUACUUCCUCUAUAAGUUGUGUCGAUUUUAUCGUCCCGAUCUGGAGAACCGCGAUUCAUCGGAACCACCAGAUCCAUGGCGGACGGCGAAGAGAGAGGUGGGGAAGGCGAAGAGAAGGUGGCAGCGGCGGAGGAAAGGCGGGAUUGGUCGGAGCUGACUCCGGUGUGCCUGGCAAACGUGUUCCGCAGGCUCACUCUGGAGGACCGGUGGAACGGGGCGAUGCUGGUCUGCCGCGCGUGGCUGGACGCCGCCCGCGACCCCUCCCUCUUCGAAUCCUUCGACCUCGAGCCCGCCUUCGACGCCGCCGGCUCCGGCCGCCCCGAUCACCCCGCCUGGUGGACGCCGGCCUUCCGCCGCCGCGUUGACUCCAUGCUCCGAUUCGCCGCCCACUGCGCCGCCGGGUCGCUCUGGGAGAUCCGCGUCCGCCACUGCUCUGACGACGCCCUCUCCUUCUCCACCGAGAGGUCACCAAAUCUCCAAACCCUUUCAAUAAGGAGUUCUCAGAAUGUAACUGAUAGAUCAAUGUUUAAGGUUGCAUCUUGCUGUCCCAUGCUUAGGGAAUUAGACAUAAGCAAUUGUUAUGAGAUUUCCUACAGGGCACUUGAGGUGAUUGGGCAAAAAUGUCCUAACCUGACCAUUCUCAAACGGAACCUGUUGAACUGGCUUGACCCUUCACAACAUGCUGGGAUAGUUCCAGAUGAGUACCUUAGAGCCUGCCCCCAGGAUGGAGACCAGGAGGCUGAAGCAAUUGCGAGAUUCAUGCCAAAAUUGAAGCAUCUUGAACUCCGUUUUUCUAAAUUAACCAUCAGCGGCCUUGUUUCAAUUUCAAAGGGAUGUGGAGAUUUGGAGGAGUUGGACCUUUUUGGAUGUGCAAACUUGACAAGCAGGGGAAUAGAGCAAGCUUCCACCAAUCUAAAGAAUCUGAAGACACUCACGAAGCCCAACUUCUACAUUCCAAGAUCUGUGUUCCAUACGGAAAGAUAUGGGCACUGGAGAUUGUAUGAUGAAAGGUUCCAGACAAAUGUUUUUCAGAUCUGAUGUUCCCUUUUCUUCGCGUCAGUGGCAUAUUUCUUACAAUUGCUCUUUGUAUAAAAGAUUGCUGAAUCUGAAAUCAGGACUACUGUUGUAGCGUUUAUUGUAAUUAUGAAUGUUGAAGUUUGGUUUUAAUGUAUUUGAACUGUGGGAGCUUUCUUCGAAUCUUGUAGUGCUUCAUUAUACUAUGUUGCUAUUCAAGCUAGUACUUUAGCUUUU